UCUCUAAAAACCAAACACAAAACAAGAAACAAACUUGGCUAAUUUAAUUGAAUUUUUAAUAAAUGGAGCGGAAUACCAUGGAAUACGAUGCUAGCAGGUUCAAGACCUUGUUUGAAAUAAAAGGCGAAGGCGCAAAGGAAAUGGAGGAGGGUGCGGUCAUGGUUUUUAGAUCAGAGAUCUAUGAUGAAGAGUUGGCCCUGGAACGGGAAGAACAAGAGUUUGAGGAACGGAAUCUGGGAAAGCAACAACUCCAAGGCGGAUCAGCGUCCUUUAUCUGCAGACACUGCCCAGAAGUAUUCUUAAGCAAGAAGGAUCUAGCCGCCCAUCGCCCUAUCCACCGACUUCGAAACAGGCAGAAAAAAUCCACUUCCGAACUCACCUGCGACACAUGCGGCAAAGUCUUCCAAAGACGUAACGCCCUCGUGGAUCACAUGAAUUCCCACAACAGUGAACGGAAUUAUCCAUGCCCGGAGUGUCCAGCUCGCUUUGUGCAGCGCAGCAAUAGGGAUUGCCAUCUGAGGAAUACCCACAUGAAGGAGUAUCUGCACUCAUGUACGGAACCAGGUUGCGAAAGGCGUUUCCAACAGAAACGAGAACGGGAUCAGCAUAUUAAAACGGUCCACCGGAAGGAGCGGAACUUUGUUUGUGACACCUGCAAGGCUAGCUUUAGCCAUCCCGUUAAUUACAGGAAACAUUUGGCCUCCCAUACUGCUGAAAAGAACUAUAGUUGUCCGAUUUGUGGCAAGCUAUUUGGACGAGCCGAAAACCGGGAUGUUCAUCUCUUCGUUCAUAGUAUUAGCAAGGCGUAUGUCUGCUCCGUUUGUGGAGCAGAUUACAUGCGCCGCAAUCAGUUAAUUCGUCACAGUUCAGAGAGUGGCCAUUCAAACGACCGGAUUGAACGGCAAAAACCUCUGUUUAGCCCGGCCCUUGCUCAGAGACCCGCUUUCAAGGAUCAGCUCCAGAAGGAUGCUUUAUUGGAGGAUGUAAAUAAGUCACAGAAGCCAGAAUUUGAGGAGGAGGAUGAGUUUCAAUGGCUAGAAGAGGAGGACCGCGUCAGCCCAGGAGACCUGGAGGAUUCUCAGGGGGAGCGGAUUCUAGAGACUGAGAAAAUGACCACAAUAUUUACAGAAGACGUUGGCCAAGAUGAGUUUUUAAGUACAUAAUCUAAAAAAGCAGAAGCGGUCAGCUUAGUUCCUAUCGAAUUUAAGGGUAUACGUAUAUACAAAACGGGAAGUUGAACCGAAAGAAAAAAAUAACUCCACAAAAGCAUGCCAGUGGUGUAAAAAUAGGAAACAAAUACAAUAAAAUAAAUAAAUAUGAUUGUUAAUAUAAACUUGCACAUAUGUUAACAUUUUAAGCGGCAUAUUUUUGAAAAAGAAAUGUUAAAAGUUUUGUUUUUCUUGACCUAAAAACUGUGAAAUUAAGAUCAUAUUUUAUAAAUCAAUUGCCCAGAGACUCUCUCUCACAAACACAUUAAUACUUUAAUCAAAAAAAAAACCAAAGAUUACAAAUUUACCCCUCCUUUAACCUUACUGGAUUAUAGUUUGAUUCAUCUGAUGAACAGAAAAUAGAUAUAUAAAUGAGAAUUAAUAGACUUAAGGUUUAUGCAAAAAAUGCCAUAAAUAAAUGAUAUAAAAAUAGCAACAAAUAUUACCGCAUGCAAA